AUGUCUUCCAUGAGCAACGCCACCCUGAAGCCGAUUGUUAUCCACGGUAAUGGCGGGCCAAACCCCACCAAGGUCAUCGUUCUUCUAGAAGUCCUUGGUCUUCCGUACACUGCUCUGAACGUAGCUUUCUCCGACGUCAAAGGUCCUUCUUACACUGCCCUCAACCCCAACGGCCGUUUGCCCACCAUCGAAGAUCCAAACACCGGCAUCAAAGUUUGGGAAUCGGGCGCAAUCGUCACCUACCUCAUCAAUACCUACGACCGAGACCACAAGUUCAGCUUUGAGGCCAACACCCCCGAUGCCUGGCACGCACAACAGUGGCUCCAUCUACAGGCUACAGGCCAGGGACCUUAUUACGGACAAGCAGUCUGGUUCAAAAAGUUCAAUCCCGAGCCCAACCCAAGCGCAGUGAAGCGUUACGUGGGCGAGAUCAACCGUAUCACAAGUGUGCUGGACGGGUGGUUGGCAAAGCAGUCUGAAGGCGCAGAGGGUGGCAAGUGGCUGGUAGGCGGCAAGCUCAGCUAUGCCGACUUGGCCUUUGUGUCAUACCAAAUCACAGCAAAUACCUGGUUUGCAACGGAUGAGUUUGACCCGGAGCAAUAUCCCGAGGUGAAGAAGUGGUUGGAACGCAUGGUGAAGACAGAACCCGUCAAGGCGGCUCUGAGCAAAUGUGUGCCGUACAAUGAGUACGUCAAAUGA